UUCAAAUAGUCCGUAUCUUUCCGAUUGUUUAUCAUGUGACUUAGCCAAGAUGGCGGAGGACGGUUUUGACUGGCGACUUGGAAAUGUUAUUUUGCUAGGAUUGUCGUUUAUGCUAAUAUUUACAGCAUUUCAAACUGCGUCUAUGGCAGAGCAAAGUGUUCUGAAAAGUGCCAAAAAUGACAGCAAUUCAACUUUCCAAGGUGAUGGAUACACAAGUUUGAGUGUGAUCUAUGUUGUGUUUGCUGUGUCCAACUGGGUUGCCCCGUCCAUAGUUGUCUACAUCGGAGCCAAGUUUUCCAUGUUUAUUGGAUCGCUUCUUUACCUGCUCUUCAUUGUAUCAUUCCUGAAACCGAUGACAUGGGCUCUGUAUGCAGGUUCAGUUCUGGUCGGUUUUGGAGCUGCAAUAUUGUGGACUGGGCAAGGAAAUUUCCUUACUGUCAACUCUGAUUCUGAAACCAUUUCCCGAAACAGUGGCAUUUUCUGGGCAUUGUUACAGUUCAGCUUGCUGUUUGGCAAUGCAUACAGCUACUUCGUGUUGAAAGGCCAAGAGAACAUAUCAAAUGACGAGAGAACAAAGUUAUUCAUUGGACUGACAGGAGCAGCACUACUGGGCUCUCUCAUGCUGCUGUUAUUACGCAAGCGUCAGAGCUCUGACUCAGAUAAUCUAGUCAAUCUUAACUCGAGUGGCCAGCCUGCUGUGGAUACACCUCUUACUGCCCUGAAGAGGUCAUUCCACCUGUUCUUUACCAAGGAGAUGAUGUUGCUCAGUGUUGCCAUUGCAUACACAGGCAUUGAGCUAACCUUUUUUAGUGGUGUUUAUGGUACCUGUAUCUCCAACAACAGUCACUUUGGGGCUGAAUCCAAGGGCUUGAUUGGCAUAUCAGGAAUGUUCAUUGGUGUUGGAGAAAUAGUUGGUGGCACAUUUUUUGGCUUAAUGGGCAAGAGUACUAACCGUCAUGGUCGGGACCUGAUUGUCAUGUUUGGUUACGUGGUCCACAUGGGAUGCUUCUAUCUCAUCUAUAUCAACCUGCCUGAGAGAUCCCCACUGGAGGCCAGCUACGGGGACACCUUCAUCACGUCCAGCAAGUACAUAGCGAUCCUGUGCAGCUUCCUACUAGGCCUGGGUGACAGCAGCUUCAACACCCAGAUCUACUCUCUGCUCGGCUUCAUGUUCCCCGAAGACAGCUCACCAGCAUUCGCCAUAUUCAAGUUCACUCAGUCUCUGGCGUCUGCUGUGGCAUUUUUCUACAGUGACUAUCUGAUCCUGAAGUACCAGCUGCUAAUCAUGGUCAUACUGGGCUCCUUUGGCUCACUAGCAUUCUCCACCAUUGAGUGGGAGAGCACCAAGCUGAAACGGGAGGGCUAUCAGAGCAUAUGACAUUCAGAGCCUUUGUCAAUCAAUGGGCCUGCUGUGGCGACUGGUUGUGGGGAGGAUGAGGAUUCCCCCUUCACUGAGCUCCUGUCAGCAGCAGACCCCGACCCUGAGGAAGACACCCCCAUUUACAACCCAACAUUCACCAAGUAGUCCACCCAACAACCUGAUGUAUUCAACCCACCAAAAUACCAUUAAGCCUAGCUUACAGUUUAAACACAACAGACAAACCUUGUCCCAACUACCCAGCAUGUACCUAUAGAUAACCUGAAUGUUUAACUUGAUAACAUUGUUAACAGUUCAAUCAUCAACUGGUCAUCCAGUUAUACAGAUACGUUCUUUGACCAGACAUUUUAGCCAUUCAGUUGAAUCCAUUAUCAUCAUUUUUUAUUGCAUUUUCUGCAUUCCAGAAGUUUGUACUGUGAUGACAAAGUGUCUUUGAACAAGCUUCAUUGACCGAUGUACAAUUAAGCCCAUUAAGAGGUUUACAUUUAAAUUUUACAAAUAGAAGGUUGUAUUUUUUAUAUUCUCGUUAUUUUGUGGUUUCAUUUAAUUUUGUUUGCAACUGUUGUAUUUAUCAGUGACAUAAAAAAAUAAUUCUAUUCCAGUAUUGUGAUUUGUGAUGACCAUGACAUUUUAUUCCCUGAAUUAAACAGGUACAUUUUAAAAUAUACUGCUAAUAGUAAGAGCAUCAUGUUUUCUUUCCUAUGAAGAAAAUCACUGCAUUAAUUGAUAAAAAUCUUGUUGUUUUGAAACUACUUAAGUGACACUCUUCUUCAAAAUCAAUUCAUACACCAAAAUCAAUUCAUACACCAAAAUCAAUUCACCAAAAUCAAUUCAUACAUAUGUAUAACAAACAUAAAUUUUGAGUGAUUCACCUUUAACUACUAACUGAUUAAUGCAUUUAUGGAAAAUAUCAAUUACUGAUAACACUGUGUUUUCUGCAUCUUUCUUUUAAAUUAAACUUGGUACCCUUCAAAAGAAACAUUGUUUUCAACAUUUAUUCAUCCUCUUUAGUAUAUUAAAAGAAUUGUAUUAAUUAUGGUAAAUCUUAUUUGGGAGUAAGAGUGUAUCUUUAAAGUAGUAAGUUGAGUUCUAAAAAUUUAUGAUUUGACAAGAACUACUGCAACAUUUCUUAAUUGUGAAACACAAAUAAUAUUUACACUUUGUUUUUGUUUUUUGCUUUUUGUGUAGACAUGUUUGCAUUGUUGAGUCAACACAUUUGCAUUGUUAUUUAAUUGUUUAUAUUUGUAAUGAUAAACUUUGUAUUUGUUAUUCAGUAUUAAGGUGCAAUACUGUUCUAUGCAUGGUGAAAAUGGUCAUUUGAUGUCAAGUAUAUUUGUUUUUAUAUUGUUAUAUCAUUUAACCUACGGUGUCUGUAUAAUUUGAAGAUUAUUGGAUGACAAUGAUAGGUUGUGUAUUUGCAUGAAUCUGUUCAUUUUUUGAAUAAAUAAAUAAUACUCAUUACAAGUUUUGAAUGAUAUGUAUUAUGUUUAGUCAUUAUAGUAUAUAGUACCAGUAAGUCCUUUGUACAUUUGGUACUGGUGUAUUUAGGUUGGUGUUACAUGACUGUCACAUGAUUGGGUAAAUGUUAUGAAAACUAUUUUGGUAUUCAAUAUUUCGGUAAUGUUUGUUUGAAUAAAAUAGUGAGUGAUCUAUAAUCAUUGAACUAAUUAGUUAUCAAGCAGAAAGGCUUACUGUUGGAAUGUCUUGACAUUUCAGUGUGUAUGUGUAAUUAGUUGAUCUGGAACACAUGUAAUGUGAAAAACUAGGUCAAGAUUGAAAACAUUUCCUCCAAAAUGCAGUGCAGUGUACAGUAACCAUAACUCUAUUCUUGCUUAUUACUGAGUUAUUGCCCUUUGUUCCUUUUUUUGUCCGGAUUAUAACUUAAAAAGUACUGGAUGGAAUUCAUUGGAACUUCAUACAAUGGUAAAGCACAAUGAGAGGACGGGCAGUGUUCAAGAACCAUAACUCUACUUUAGCUAAUUACUGAGUAAUUGCCCUUUAUUUGUUUCUUUGCUGUCAAUUUUUUUCCAGACAUUAACUUGCGAACUACUAGAUGGAAUUUAUUGAAACUUCAUACAAUGGUAAAGCACAAUAAGAGGAAGUGCAGUGCACAAGAACCAUAACUCUAUUUUAGCUUAUUACAGAAUGAUGGCCUUUAAUACUUUUUUCUUGUCCCAAGCAUAACUUGAAAACUAUUGGAUGGAAUUUAAUAAAGCUUCAUACAGUGAAAGAUCAUAAUGAGAGGAAAUGUAGUGUACAGGAACCGCAAUUCUUUUUCAGCUAAUUACAGAGUAACAGCCCUUUGUUACUUUUUCUUGUCUGGAGCAUAACUUGAAAACUGUUGGAUGGAAUUUAAUAAAACUUCAGACAGUGAUAGAUCAUAAUGAGAGGAAGUGCAGUGUACAGGAACCACAAUUCUAUUUCAGCAAAUUACAGAGUUAUUGCCCUUUGUUACUUUUUUCUUGUCCGGAGCAUAACUUUUUAAAAAAGUAACUUAACUCAUUUAUAGAUGGUAAUAGGCAAUCAUAUAUUCUGUGCUUUAGAACAUCAAAUAUAUCAGUAUUAACAUCUCAGUAUUAGCAUCACUGAUCUUGUUUAAAGCCUUUUUUCUAACAUUUAAAAACAUAAUCAAAAAAUGAAUAACUGACAAUAGUCCAUAAAAUAAAGUUGUCAUUUAUAGGUUGGCUCUCCAAAUAGUUGACCGCAAUUUCAUAUCAGGGCGGCUUUCAGGGGUAUUAAUCACCUUCAGUGGUAGCUCUAGUUUUAUUUCAUUAAAGAAUGGCAGCUAACUUACACAACUGUCAUCUUGUACCUCUCUGAUUAGUUUCAUAUAUGUGUCCUCUUUCUCUGUUACAAAACAUGAUACACAUAAAAAUAGCGCUUCUUAUUUCUGUAAUCUAUAUAAAAUAAUAACUAUGUAAUAGUUGGAUGACAUGAAUUGAAUUCUUAAUUUUUAAGAACGGGCAUUAAGAAUUUACUUCAUGUCAUCUAACUGACUUAGAAUACAACCUUAUUGGCUGAUUCAUUGUCGACGCAAAAUCUGAGGCGGGAGUGUGUUGGAUAAUUGGCAGUAGGCGGACCUUUAAACAAGCGCGAACGUUGAAAUUCUUCAUGAUUAAGUCUACUGCUUAAUAGCUGCAUAUCUGCAAUCUCAUUGGCUGAAAAUGUAGGUUGUAUCCUAAGUUCAUGUUGAUUAUACAAAAUUUAAUUAAAUCUAGGAAUCAAUUACUAUACUGUAUCCAAUGCAUAUAUAUAUAUAUAUUAUGUCUUCAUUUGUAUAUUUCCAAGGUCUGUUAAGUGACCUGUAUACUUUAUGUCUCAGUUGACGUAGGAAGCCUGAAAUGUAUCAGUGUUUAUGCUCAUACCUCUGCCUUAUGGAUUCACAUUUAUUCAUUCAGCUCUGACAACCAAAACUCCCUGAUUAUAUAAAUGAAUUUUCUUUUAGUCAUAAACUGGUCUCAUUUAAUGGGAUUUUUAGAAGCUCUUGCUUGCGUGCUGGCUUAUUUAGAGGCAUCUUGGGCUGAACACUAAGAAAGUUAGCAUUUUGUUUUUUUUGAUAAAAGAGUUGGCACUGGGCUGUGCCUGACUUGCUGACCUAAUUGUUUAGAGAAACAAAAAACACCCUAACUAUGACUUAAAUUGAAAUGUAUAAACACUACUGUGAUUUUUGUAUGUUGAUUUAACUUUAUAUGUAGUGCUGAAAUAAAUGAUCAAUGAAAACACCCA